AUUUCCGAGGUCUGUGUUGCUAGGGAAGGUGGUGCUGGGGACCUGUUGGAAAUGACGGGAGAAGAAAUCAGAUUUCAAUAUCAAGACCGAAACAGUACGCCUGGAAUAUAGCAAAGAAACUUCACCAGAUCUGCGUGUUAAGGGGUGUGAAUAACCAUGGAGACCUUGAUAAGUGCGGUGGCCCCUCGGUCCCCAGCCCCGGUGAAGAAAGCCUCGGAGGUGGAUUUCAGGUCGGGGGUCAUACUGGAGCAGCUGUCAUCUCAGGUGUCUGAGCUAGUCACCCUGGAGCAGGGGGACUUCGGGGACCAACUGGCCCUGGAGGUCCACACGGCCAAAGACUUUAUCUUCAACAUGCUGGGUUUAGUACAGAAGGUGGACCAGCGUCUCCCGGUGGCCAAUGAGUACCUGCUCCUGUCUGGGGGGGCCAGGGAGGGGGUUCUGGACCUCAACCCAGAGGAGCUGGGGGACUACGCCAAGGGGGCCGACUUCGACCUGGACUUCACCCUCCUGGUGCCCGCGCUCAAGCUCCACGACCGCAACCAGCCCGUCACCCUAGACAUGCGGCAGUCGGCCCCCUGCCACUCCUGGCUGUCCCUGCGUCUGUGCGACCCCAACACUCUGGCCAGGUGGAGCAUCUGCUGCCAGGAGGAGAACGGAUUACCCCCCGAUGAUGAGGAGGAGGAUGAAGAGGAAAGGGGAAUGGGUCACCAAGUCUCUGGUGCUGUUCCCCCCUCCCUCCAUUCCCCCCACCAGUCUCUGGAUGGGUGCUACUUCUCUCCCGCGCUGGUGGCUGACUGGUUCUGGGGGGUGGUUUGCGAGGCGGUGGACGAGCUGAGACGUUCACCACAGAGAGGCAUCCCCAUCCCGGAGAGGCUGGAGCGCAACGGACCCCUGACCACCCUCAUUCUUCAGGCGGGGUCCAGUCGAGUGCUCUAUGACCUCCUGCCUGUGGUGUCCUUCCGGGGCUGGCCCGCCGUGGCCCAGAGCUGGCUGACGGCCAACCACUUCUGGGACGGGAAGAUCACGGAGGAGGAGGCCAUCUCUGGGUUCUACCUGCUGCCCUGCCCGGCCCCGCUGGGGGGGAGGCCCGACCGGGAGUGGAGGCUGGCCUUCUCACGCAGCGAGGUUCAGCUGAAGAAGUGCAUCCCGUUCCCCAUGGCCCAGGCCUUCCAGGCAGCCAAGGCUGUCCUCUCCCGCCUCCUGGCUCGUCCCCGCACUGGCCUCAGCCCCUACCACCUCCGCACCCUCCUCUUCUGGGCCUGUGACCGCCUGCCCCCCUCCUACCUGUCUUCGCCUGACUCUGACAAUCCCGCCCGUCUCCUCCUGGGCCUCCUGGAUGACCUGGCCCACUGCAUCUUGGGUAAGAACUGUCCCAACUACUUCCUGCCCCAGUGCAACAUGCUGGAGCACCUGUCGGACAGCCAAGCCCUGCUGGUGGCCCGGAAGCUGGCUCACGUCCGCUCAGACCCCACCGAGCACCUCCGGGCGGCCCUGGACCAGGCACAGCAGGCAGGCCAGCUCAAGAGGAAGGCGGCGGGCGCCACCAACGGGCAUGGCGGGUCACCUGGCCACAGGUAUCCGGCCAGCGGCAUCAUCUCACCCUCGGACGACAAGCUGGCGGCCAGGCUGCAGCAGCUGGUGACAGAAAACCCAGGGAAGUCGAUUUCUGUGUUUCUCAACCCUGAUGAUGUCACUAGGCCACACUUCCGCAUCGAUGACAAAUUCUACUGACCCGAGGGCCUAGUGUAGUGUUGUGGUAGCCACACACACACUCUCACACACAAGUAAAAUAGCGGGCCAAAAGUUUACGAGUCAACCAGGAUGGCUCGAGGCGCGAAACACUGCCGGUCGCUGCUCCCUAUACUGCCCCCUCUUGGCGGAUAAUGAUAACGGCGCUAACUAAUGAGCGUUAACGACUCUGCUGUAACUAUAAGACACUGUACCAAAAAAUCCAUACUGCACGCUCCCAAGAAGAUGCUAGCCCUAGAGAAACCAACACACUUUUAUCGAUUUAGAGACCCCGUGACAGAAAAAGGCUUGUUAAGUUGUUACCACGGAGACCACUGCUCUUUAUCAAGCUUGCCCUAAUGAGAUGUUUUUUUUUAGCUGGUGCUACAAAGAAAAGAAAGAAUCGCUUUAGAACAAAGAAAGAAGCUGCUGCUUACAAAGGGUACGCCGUUUCAUUCUCUUAAGGGUUUGUGCUCGUCUCGUCUCUGCACACCGCUGAGAAUACUGUAUUCCCCCUUUUUCUGCCCAAUCAAAGUGGGUGAUAGCUGAAUAAGAAAUGGAGUAUCAAGGUACUAUGAUGUAACUGAAUGUAAUUUGGUGUGGGGAAAUGUCUUUGAACAGAGUGUUUUCUUUCUUCCCUCUUUCUAUGUUUCUUUUUAUCCCUCGUUCUCUCGACCCUCUGCCCCACUCUCUUUAUCUCGCUCGUUCGCUAUCUCUCAGGUAUUUUGAAUGUUUGUUUUCUAUGUGACUCCAGACUCCCUCUGGUAGGGUUAUGGUCCCCCAUAUCUAUCUGAAUGGUAUAACCCAGGGCGGUCCUUCCAUUUCAACUCUCACUAUGUGGCGGAAGGCACCAAAGAGCCACACUGGAGGGGUGUUUCGAGGAGCCUUUCGGCGAAGCAAUGUACCACCCCAUAAGAAAGGUAUCUGUAUUCACUGACCCAGAGUCAGUCCGUACUGUUAACGCUCAUAUUCCCCACCUUAACAAUCCUGACCAACAUGCAGAUCAGAGAUCACCUUAUCAAUUUGCCUUUUAUCCCCUGAAAGCUUGAAGAGGUUUCAUCAAAUAAGGGUCAUAUCAUAGGGGCUAUCAACUUAAUUCAGUUCCUUUUUUAUUUCAGUCCCUUUUGAAAGCCUCUGAAAGUAUCUUGACGGUGAGAUGUGGUCAUUUAAACGUUGUAUGAUAUCGACCGACUACCUAUAAGGAGACCGGUUGGGGAGGAGAGGUGUGAGGCAGGGUUAGCUGCUAACACGGUUGGCACACUGCUUGAUUGUAUUCUAAUCUCUACGUUACGACAUUAAAGCAUUACAGUACAGCCAUGGCAUGGCUAGCUACAUCAUGUAAUCCCCCUGAGGCUUGUGUAAGGGCUAUUUGCUUUGUUCUACUUUUUUCUUCUUCCGUCUAGUGUGUGCGUGUGCGUGUGUGUUAAGAUGGGGAGGUUAAGGUUUUUGUUUGAAACCCCCCAAAAAAGGCUUUUGUAUUGUGUUCUCAUAUGUUUAAUUGUGAGAGACUUGACUGUUUUUUGUGAUGGUCCCUCCUGCUUAGUAGGCCUGUUUUAAUAAGGUGUGUGUGUGUGUGUGUGUGUGUGUGUGUGUGUGUGUGUGUGUGUGUGUGAUUAUUGGACGACUGAUCCAGGUCUUUGAAUGUGCUGAUGUAAUGAGGGGGAGAGAUCCAGAGAGAUGGAACGGGAACAAACACGCAAAUGUGCAAGCUACCCAUCUACCCUCAUCUCUUUCUGUGUGUGGGGGUCUUGGGGGCCCCAUCUCGUCCACCCAGAUGUGUGCUGUUAGCAGGGGGAUGGAUGGGGAGACAGGUCAUCCGCUGGCCCUUUGUAGAGAUGAGCCCUAAAGGAAGGGGCCCCUGGGAACUGGGACAGCUGCUUGUCUCUCUCUCUCUCUCUCUUCAUCCCCCUCUCCGCUCUCCGUACAGCUCCCAUCUCUCUAUAUAAUGUAUAUGUUUCUCUCUCGCUCCUGCUGGUUGAACAGCAUUAAUGUAUUAUCACGGUGAACAUAAAUGUUCAUUCACACCAUACACUCAGAACACUAGAGGUCAAAGACAACUGUUAUUUAGGAUUCUUUAGAAUUCUAUGUUCUCUAGAACGUGAUAGAAUCACCGUACUACUGUAUUGGCACUACUUGUAUACAUUGGUGUUGCUAUUUGAACAGCUUCAGUUAGUGGAGCGAUUUAGGAACUACUAGUGAAUUGUGUUGUCACUUCUGUUCUGUAUAGCCUUGGUACAGGUGAGUGUGAAUAUGGAUACCGUGGCAAACCAAAGCAUGUAGUGAUGGUUACUAUACAGGAGAAUGUAGACCCAGACGAUAGUUAAGUGUGGGUAUGUAAACGUCCAAGUAUCAGAUGUGUGUGUGUGUGUGGUCCUAGCACUUUCAAUGUGGGUGUCUUCGACACACCACAGCCCGGUGUUGUAAGAAUGUUUGUGAACGCUGCGAGAAAAUGUAUCAACGUUGUCAGGACGUUUUUGAGGCGUCCUUUAGAGAUUUUUCUCCUUCCUGAAUGCUCCCCUGCGUUUUAAAACACACCACAGUCCAACGUUGUGGUAAAGUUGUUUGAGCGUGGGAAAGUUGUUUGACAGUUCCUCUAAAGAUUUAAAUCCAGCGCUGUUUGAAGUUUGAAAUAUGCACUGUCAAGAGUAUCUCUCACGAUAUACCUUAAUCUGCCUAGUUCGUGGGCAUAGAAAGUAGUAUGAAGCUUGAAUCAAUAUUUAGCCUCUAUCUGUGAAAAAUGUAAACACACUUAGAUUCUGGUGCAGAAUAUCAAUAUAUAAAGUUAAUGGCAGCAGUUUUAUUCAAUUCUGUACCCAAUCUCACUUGGACUGUCUGCUGCAGAUUGAGCUGUUGUGCCAUUUCUAUCUACAGGGAUGAUCAUGUUAAUUGUGAAGCUUAAAAGUCUAUGUAGCAAUCAAUUAGUUCUGCCCAGGGUUUCUAUAUCUAUAGAAUACGAAAUGUGUGUUCGAUGAUAUGACACGAUCAAACAUUCAGACAGCCUUCUCCCAUUGCUUCCCUGUUUGAAAUCUGAUCUCAUGUAAACGUCGGCGGCAAUGUGAGGUCACUGUACUGCUAAAACUACCGAACGUUAUAUUAUUUGGUGCUUAAACUACUGAUAAUUGUUUUUGAUUGACAACUAACAAUGAUUUGUAACACAUGUUUCUGCUGCAAUCACUCAAACAAUCAAUUCAAAUAUAGUUCAUCAAAGAUAUCCCGACCUAAUUACCGUAUACAAGUGCUGCAGUUUCGUCAACGACCACCCCAUAUCUGGAAAUAUUUGCAGUUUUCAAACUUCCUCUUCCUCCAUAAAGUGCAAAUUGAAGUAGAUUUUCUCUUAUCAUGUGACUGUUAUGCGGUGUUGUUUUAUUUGGGAUGUUUUGAAUGAUGAUCUUGAAUGGUACUGCCGUAGCAUGAAAUAAAUCUGGACAUCUCAACUCUAA